ACGUGACGUAACGAGGCGAGGACCAAUUGGCUUCCAGGACGGGCGGAACACAACGGAGAUAACGGACCAAGAAAAAAAAUCUCGCCCCCGUCUGUCACUGUUAACGGACGCGUCUGUCGAUAAUUAUGUGACUUAUUAUCACAAACGUUGUGCGAGUGUCAGUGUGUGGCUUACAGGGAGAAGAAAAUGCUGCUCACCGAUUUAGAAAUACACUGAACCUCUGUUUGUCUGCGUCCUCCUCUGAUCCGUGUCCCCAGUCAGUGAAAUGUCUCUGGCUCAGAGGGUUUUGUUGACCUGGGUCUUCACCCUGGUCUUCCUCAUCAUGCUGGUGCUCAAACUGGAUGGGAAGGUGCAGUGGAACUGGUUCCUCAUCUUCCUCCCAGUCUGGGUCUUCGACGGCAUCCUCAUCCUCAUGCUCGCCAUCAAGAUGGCAGGCCGCUGCAAACCCGGGUACGACCCGCGCAACGGCUCCCCGGACCUGCGUCUGCGUGCCUGGUACCUGACGGCCAUGCUGCUCAAGCUGGGCUUCUGCCUGACGCUGUGUGCCAAGCUGGAGAAGCUGGCCGAUGUUAAGCUGACGUUUGUGUGCAUACCGCUGUGGACCAUGUUGCUGGGAGCGCUCGUGGAGCUGGGGCUGAAUAUCUUUCCUGAGAGGAGAGAGGCCUGAGGCAGGGGGAUCAAACCUCAACCAACAAAAAAACUUAUUUAAGAAAAUUAUAUGUUUGUACGACCAUUACUUUGUGAAAUCUGAGCCUUUGCUUUGGCCCAGUUGUUUCCAGAGAUGAUCGAGACUCAAGAAGGAAUCAAAUCAUCAUCUGAUUCUGUCAAAAAUAGAAAUCAUAUAUGUUCAGAUCUCGGUGAAGUAUACUGUGAGGGUUAAAGCAGAGCUGGGAUCCUGCUGUUUGUGUCAAAGAAUCACUGCUUGUGAAUCCAUCACAUUACCGUCAUCAGCUCAAAAAUGGCUCUAUUUUCUUUACAAAGAAAAUAAAAGAAGCCGUACAGGGAUCAACUGCAUAUGUUUAUGACUACUGUGAAGCCUACACUGGAAGAAACAUGAGCUUCCUCUAAUGUUUCCAGUGUUUAUUUUUAUUGUACAUGAGCUUAGCACAGCUGCUCCUGUAAAGCACCGUCACACAGGGUGGGAAGUGAGUAGUAUUUGGUACAUUUUAAUUCCACUUCCUUUAUUUAAGCUGCACUCUUAAAUCGUGGAGUGUAAAUUUCAGCGACACGUGCUUUAGAUAUUGUUUGGCUGUAUUUGCGCACAGACACUUUUUGUCUUUUCAUUCCUGAGCUGCGGAGGGUGGUUAGUCAAAUAUUAUUCAAGUUAUAAAUUAACUUUAAUAGUGUUUGUGGCGACGACUUGGUUUGGCUGCAAACACACAAUAAUACUUUAAGAAAUAGUUGAAGACGUGGAACAACUUGUGAUGCUCUGUUUUUUUUCUACAGGCUACCCUGCCCUCUGCCUUGUACAAUAUCUCUUUUGUACCGUUUUUAAAUCAUCAUGUGUCCCACAAAAAUGAGUGAGCUGUUUUCAGGUGCAAGGUCCAAGGUCACAAAACAGUUAGCUUGUAAUGUACUUGGUGAUUCAGGUUAUUAAUGUUCAGAUAGAUAUGGAAAAUCUGUCACGAGUGUCGUGGGUUAAGUGGUGAAGAUCACGUUCUCAGUGUAUAUUAAGUUUUAAUUAUUACAGUGUAAACAGAGCUCAUCUGAAUACUUUCUACCGGUGGUUUGAAAUGUUUUGUCAAGUUGGUCAUUGUUUCACAUUUCAGCUUCACAGUGCAGCUGCCACUGCGCAUGACUGGAAUUUGUUUUUGUGCCAUGUUGAUUGUUCAUUAGUAUUUCAAACACAUUCUUCGCAUUAUUUUGCACUUUGUUGACAAGAAAAUAAUUAAGUUUUGAGGUCACACGCAUGUCUUUUAAAAAUAAAUGAUUGAUUUACAUGA